UAUUCAGCAGCACGCAGUUGGCACGACCCAUUGUCGACGAAUUGAGUCAUCUAACUGCGUUCGCUACGGUGCCAUCUGAAUAUUUUUUAUCAAAUGCCGGGCAUAAUGUGCUCAGUUUAAUCACGAGUAUCAUGAUAAGCAAGAACCCAAAGUCGAACUUCCUCAAAACCGUAAGAAGAGCAGCAGUUAUCGGGUUCGUUUUGGAAGCAGUCAGUUUUGCAGUGUGUUAUGCUGGCUACCACAGGUUGAACACAGAAAGAGAUUUUCGCUUGUACAUCAGAGAUAAUUAUCCGUCAAUUCUGGACUUGUACUACAAAGUAGGUGAGACUCUAGGUGACAGCAAUCUCAGACAACAGGACAACAAUAUCUGGUUUGCAACACAAUCCAGAAAAUAAAUGGCAUUUGGGAAGUAUAUGUCCUCAGCUAUUUGGCUUGUUGCUGGUGGUUCACUAGGGUAUGCUCUAUUAGUUUAUUGCGCACCCAAUGAAGCAGGAAUAUCUCAAGCUGCAUUGAAUUUGCCUGGUGUUGAAAAGAACCCUGCAAUCAGAGCAAAACAGAACCAAGAUUUCAUCAAUGUUUUAAAGGCUGCUAGUCAAGAUAAGAAACCAUACUAUAUAUUACCUAAAGAAGAGCUACAUAAGGAAAUUGCUAAGC